CGGUUGAUGUUUCAGCGCGCACUCGCUGUGUUCCCGUCGUUCCCAGUCCGUUCAGCUCAGAGGAACAGGGAUCCAGCGGAAGCUAUUCUGAGGAGGACUGUGUUCAAGCUAAAGCUACAGAGCUGAAAUGAGUUUCCUUGGAGGUCUGUUUGGUCCCGUGUGUGAAAUCGAUGUCAUUCUGAACGAUGCUGAAAGCAGAAAAACAGCCGAGCUGAAGACCGAGGAUGGGAAAUUGGAGAAGCAUUAUCUGUUUUAUGAUGGAGAAUCAGUUUCAGGAAAGGUAAAUAUCAAUGUGAAACAAACAGGCAAAAGGCUUGAACAUCAGGGAAUUCGCAUUGAGUUUGUAGGACAAAUCGAGCUCUUCAGUGAUAAAAGCAAUACUCAUGAGUUUGUAAACCUUGUGAAAGAGCUUGCUCUGCCCGGAGAGCUGACACAGAACCGCAGCUAUGACUUUGAGUUCAUGCAGGUGGAAAAGCCUUAUGAGUCUUAUGUUGGAGCUAAUGUGCGAUUGAGGUAUUUCCUUAAAGUUACAAUUGUGAGGAGGCUGUCUGAUUUGGUAAAGGAGUAUGACCUCAUUGUGCAUCAGCUGGCCACCUACCCUGAUGUCAACAACUCUAUCAAAAUGGAAGUGGGCAUUGAAGACUGCCUACAUAUAGAGUUUGAAUACAAUAAGUCUAAGUAUCACCUCAAAGAUGUAAUUGUGGGUAAAAUCUACUUCUUACUGGUACGGAUUAAAAUCCAACACAUGGAGCUUCAGUUGAUCAAGAAAGAAAUGACGGGAAUUGGUCCGAGCACAACUACUGAGACAGAGACUGUGGCAAAAUAUGAGAUUAUGGAUGGAGCACCAGUGAAAGGUGAAUCCAUUCCUAUUCGUCUUUUCCUGGCUGGUUAUGACCUUACACCCACAAUGAGAGAUGUAAACAAGAAAUUCUCUGUGAGGUACUUUUUGAACUUGGUGCUUGUGGAUGAAGAAGACAGGAGAUACUUCAAACAGCAGGAAAUAGUUUUGUGGAGGAAGGCACCCGAGAAACUGCGGAAACGGAACUUCCAUCAGCGCUACGAGUCACCUGAGCCUCGGCCGAGUCUCUCUGCUGAGCAGCCGGAAAUGUGAGCGGGGUCUGGAGAGCAACCAGCCAGAGACACACGUACCUCUCAGUGACCAGUCGCAGGAGAGGAGAACAUCUUCCACCGAACAUACAUGCAGAUCGCUGUUCACAUGGUCACCCCUCACAGCUUAUGGUGAUAAACUGUGCCUGAUUUGGCUCUGUCCUCCCUGCCGUCUACAGCAAGCAAUCUGUUAGUAUACAAGGACACUUUUAGAAAGCACUGGAAACAAUAAUGUAAGUAAUAUAGCACAUCUUCAAGGUUGCACGCCUCCCUAGACGAAGAAAUGUUCUUAAAAGUGCACUCACUGGUAUCCUCUAUGCUCCACAUCAUGGAGCAGAAACACAUAGACCUAAAUACAUUUUAAAGAGCUUCCUCAUGCAUGCUAGCUGGUGAAUCUGAGUUCAUAGUAACGGUUACUAAAGGCAAUGGGGUCCGUUUAAAAAAAAAAAAGGUCAAGAAAUGUAAUGGCACCCAGCCAACACUGUAUUUGCAAUCCACUUAAACGCUGUAAAACAUUUCUAUUUAACUUAUUUAGCCAUCUUCUCUUUUUUGUUGUUUGUUCUUUAAAUACUCUUUAUGUUAAAUGAAUUCUGUCUUUGAAAUAAAAAGUACAUGUCUAUAUAUAAAAUAUUUAAAGAGGUUUUGGACUAGAAGCUUUAUAAAACUAGGGCAGUUUGUGUAAUUAUAUUGGGCACAUGUAUUCAACUUGUCAGCCCAGUUUUGAAUAACACACUGGCUUAGUAGUAAAAGAGGGCCACUUAGUUUUGUGAUCCUAAUUAGUUUUGUGAAUUUCUGAGAUGAUUCGUUGCUAUUGAUUGCUAAAUAUCAUCUCUGCUGCAAUUACAUUUCAUACCGUCUAAAUGAUUAGACACCCCUGAGAAAUGAUGGAAUUUUGUUGUAUCCUUUGCAUGUCAUCCUGCUAAAAUGUUUCCUAUCAAAAGGGGAUGUUAACAAUUUUUCAUUGUUGCAAAUGUGCUCUUGCAUAUUAUGUGGUUUGUGGAUUAAAUGUUUAUUUGGACCUUU